AUGGCUUCCAACGAAUACUACAGUCAGACGUCCCGAGCUGACAAUCAGUACUACGGCGGCAACGACCAAUACCGAACAGAAUCCCCCUCUGCUUACUCGGCGCCCGCCCCGGCCUACAGCUCCCACCACAAUCUCGUUGGACCUGGGAAGGACCGGCCGCCGGCGGCGCAAGGUGUGUCUCCUUCACCUUUCGAAACCGUCUUCGACGAUCAUGUCUAUCCGGCAGCACCAUCCUCUAGCCACCAAGCGCGCCGCCUAAAUGACAUCCCGCUGCAGGACAACAUGCAGAAGCACCCUUCGAGACAACACAUCGAGAUGCAGGAUCACGUCUAUGAUACUUCGUCGUCGCAGCACCACCAGCCGCCGAACAAACCACCAAGCAAAGGGCGGGUGAGGUUGGGGGAGUUGGGCAUGCUGGGGUCGGGAAAGAAGAAGAUACCGUUUGUGGUGUAUUUUUUUACUAUUGUUCAAGUUGCAGUUUUUAUCGGUGAAUUGGUCAAGAAUGGCACCUCGACCGGCUCCCCAAUCAUGAUAAAACCCCAAUUCAACCCCAUGAUCGGUCCCUCCCCCUACAUCCUCAUCAACAUGGGCGCCCGCUUCGUCCCCUGCAUGCACAACGUCAAGGCCAUCCAAGAAGCCGAAGGACCCGUCUCGUGGCCCUGCCCCUGGUCGACCACCAACGAGAACACAUGCACCCUCUCGGAGCUCUGCGGCUUCGGCGGUGUCCAGCAGCCGGGCCAACCGCCGGAACCGAACCAAUGGUUCAGAUUCAUCGUCCCCAUCUUUUUGCACGCCGGUCUGAUCCAUAUCGGCUUCAACAUGCUGCUUCAACUCACACUCGGAAGGGACAUGGAGAAACACAUUGGCUCGAUCCGGUUCUUUAUAGUGUACAUGUCGGCCGGCAUCUUUGGUUUCGUCAUGGGGGGUAACUUUGCCGCGACUGGCAUCGCCAGCACGGGCGCAUCAGGUUCAUUAUUCGGGAUUAUCGCACUCACCUUUUUGGACCUGUUGUACAGCUGGAAAGACAGGGUGAAUCCCACAAAGGACCUGAUGUACCUCUUUAUCGACAUCAUCAUCUCUUUUGUCCUGGGUCUCUUGCCCGGUCUGGACAACUUCAGUCACAUUGGCGGGUUUUUGAUGGGGUUGGCGCUGGGGAUUUGUAUCCUUCACUCGCCCAACUCGUUGAGGAGGAGGAUUGGGGAGUCGGAGGUUCCCUAUGCCAACAGUCAAGUUUCGUCUGGGUUUUUGAAGGAGGGGACGGUGCCACCGUUUUUUAAGAAUCCCGUGGGCUUUUUCAAGGGGAGGAAGCCGCUUUGGUGGGGGUGGUGGUUGAUUCGGGUGGGGGCGCUGAUUUUGGUGCUGGUGGUGUUUGUGUUGUUGUUGAAUAAUUUUUAUAUUCAUCACAAGGUUUGUGGGUGGUGUAAGUAUUUGAGUUGUUUGCCUGUGAAUAACUGGUGCGAGUUGGGGAAUUUGACUAUUACGAGGGAUCAGGAGACUGCUCAGCAGCAGCAGGCGGCGAAGAGGGCGGUGGAGGCUUUGAUGGGGAUGUCGAGACGGGUUUUGAGGGGUUGA